CGGCCCGGGGGAGCGGGCGCGAGCGGCGGCUGCCGGGGCCGCCUGUGCACCAAGGCGAGGGUGGCGGUGGCCUGAGCAGCGCGAGUGUGAUGAGGCUGCCCUGCCUCGCUGCUCCGCUCGCAGCCAGCUGACAGCGCCUGCCCGCAGCACGCCCGGAGGGGAGCCGCGGGGCCGUGACCUUGGCCGAGGAGGGCGGACUGAUCAUCCUCGCAAAGGAGGGACCAAGUUCUGGGUGAAAUGGCUCAGGGGAAUAAUUAUGGACAGACCAGCAACGGGGUGGCAGAUGAAUCACCGAACAUGCUGGUAUACAGAAAGAUGGAAGAUGUCAUAGCACGCAUGCAAGAUGAAAAAAAUGGAAUUCCCAUCCGCACUGUCAAAAGCUUCCUUUCCAAGAUACCUAGUGUCUUCUCUGGGUCAGACAUUGUUCAGUGGUUAAUAAAGAACUUAACUAUAGAAGAUCCAGUGGAGGCUCUCCAUUUGGGAACUCUAAUGGCUGCCCACGGCUACUUCUUUCCCAUCUCAGAUCACGUCCUCACACUCAAGGAUGAUGGCACCUUCUACCGCUUUCAAACACCCUAUUUUUGGCCAUCAAAUUGUUGGGAGCCAGAAAAUACAGACUAUGCUGUUUACCUCUGCAAGAGAACAAUGCAAAACAAAGCAAGGCUAGAGCUAGCUGAUUAUGAAGCCGAGAGCCUUGCCAGGCUGCAGAGAGCAUUUGCCCGGAAGUGGGAGUUCAUUUUCAUGCAGGCAGAAGCACAAGCAAAAGUGGAUAAGAAGAGAGACAAAAUCGAAAGGAAGAUUCUCGAUAGUCAAGAGAGAGCAUUCUGGGACGUCCACAGGCCUGUGCCUGGAUGUGUAAAUACCACAGAAGUGGACAUUAAGAAGUCAUCCCGAAUGAGAAACCCACACAAAACACGCAAGUCAGUCUAUGGUUUACAAAAUGACAUCCGAAGCCACAGUCCUACCCACACACCUACACCAGAAACCAAGCCUCCAACAGAAGACGAGCUGCACCAACAGAUAAAAUACUGGCAAAUACAGUUAGAUAGACAUCGAUUAAAAAUGUCAAAAGUUGCUGAUAGUCUACUAAGUUAUACGGAACAGUAUGUAGAGUAUGACCCGUUUCUUGUGCCACCUGACCCUUCCAACCCAUGGCUCUCAGAUGAUACUACCUUCUGGGAACUUGAAGCAAGCAAAGAACCAAGUCAACAGAGAGUAAAACGAUGGGGUUUUGGCAUGGAUGAGGCAUUGAAAGACCCAGUUGGGAGAGAGCAGUUCCUUAAGUUUCUAGAAUCAGAAUUCAGCUCAGAGAACUUAAGGUUCUGGCUGGCAGUGGAGGACCUGAAGAAAAGGCCUAUCCGAGAAGUACCCUCUCGGGUGCAGGAAAUAUGGCAGGAAUUUCUGGCUCCUGGGGCCCCCAGUGCCAUUAACUUGGAUUCCAAGAGCUACGACAAGACCACACAGAGCGUGAAGGAACCAGGAAGAUACACAUUUGAAGAUGCUCAGGAGCACAUUUACAAGCUGAUGAAGAGUGACUCCUAUCCCCGCUUUAUAAGAUCUAGUGCCUACCAGGAACUUCUACAGGCAAAGCGAAAGAGAUGCCAUGAAAGGCUGCUCCACGCCGUACUUAGCCCAAGAGCCUUUGUUUAAAGCAAGCUCCUGUCCUCAAAUCUGGGGAAAUCUCUCACAUCCAAGAGGUUAACAAGCCUUGUUCAGUCUUACUAAAAGGAUCGUCUUGGUGACACGAAAGCUGAACGGAGCCAUCGCCCAUAUCUUGUAGCCCAUUGCUGUUACCUGGAGCCGAGGACAUUAGACCGAGAUGUUGCAUGAACGAAGGACCUGAAUUGUUCUCUCCUGUGUGCACACUAAGGCAUCGCCACCGCCAAGGGACUCUUCGCCACCCCAUUGCCUCCAUCUCCACCUGUCGUCUGCUUCCCUUGCCCCCCUUAUUAAGCUGGAUCUGUGUCUUUUUCCUUUUUAACCAGUUCAAGUGAAGUAAACUUUAUUUUUCCCCCUCCUCUCCUUUUCUUAAGCUUCCGCUAGAUACACAGUUCACUGAGAAUUCAGUCAGUCACAAACUGGAAGAAUUGUAAAAGAAAAAAAAAAGUAUAUAUCAAUAAGUAUACACAUGGCUUCACAUUUAUUAAAUAACAAAUUAGCACAGAAGGUGUCCUUCCACCCUUGUAUCCACAGUCUGUAACAAACGCCGUCUUCGUCUGUUCUCUGGACAUUGUUCAUGUUUCCUGCGUUUAUUUUUAUACCAUAUUUAAAUGAGAAAACACCUUUUACUCCAAAUGUAUCAAAGUUGACCUCUUCUCUGUAAAUUUGUGUAUGUUUAUAUUGUUGUUUUAUCUUUCAUUAAAAGAUGCAGAAUCUCGUUGCUUUGGGAGCUUUUGUUGGUGGUGCUAGCUGUAAAAGGAAGUGAAGAGAAAGAACUCCCAUCCUGGGAGCUGCAGCAU